AUGAGGCCUUCUGUUCUCAUCUCCAUCCAGCCAUACAUUAACGGGGCGAGGUUGUGUGAGGACAGUCUGAUGUCCCCCAGCUUAAGUCCAUAUAGCAGCAGCUUAGUGCACUAUCCACACAGGGGACAUGAAAGGUUUGGAGUGUUUGGAAGCUGUCCAACAGAACGUCGCAGAUGGAGGUCAGAAGGAGUCCCAGGAUUCCCCUUUGAUCCACUUCAGAACGGUGGCUCUGGAGAAGCCUGA